GAGCCAGGAGGCGGAGGCGCUGGUGCAGCCUGGGCCCAGCCCACACCCCUCACCAGGAGGCACCAUGUGGCGAUGUCCACUGGGACUGCUGCUGUUGUUGCUGCUGCCUGGCCAGGUGGCCCUGGGUGCCCGGCGAGGUCGUGGACGCCGGGAGCUAGCACCGGGUCUGCACCUGCGGGGCAUCCGGGAUGCGGGUGGCCGGUACUGCCAGGAGCAGGACCUGUGCUGCCGCGGCCGUGCUGACGACUGCGCCCUGCCCUACCUGGGCGCCACCUGUUACUGUGACCUCUUCUGCAACCGCACCAUCUCCGACUGCUGCCCUGACUUCUGGGACUUCUGCCUCGGCGUGCCUCCUCCCUUUCCCCCCAUUCAAGGAUGUAUGCAUGGGGGUCGCGUCUAUCCAAUCUUGGGAACCUACCAGGACAACUGUAACCGUUGCACCUGUCAGGAGAAAGGGCAGUGGGAGUGUGACCAGGAGCCAUGCCUGGUGGACCCAGACAUGAUCAACACCAUCAACCAGGGCAACUACGGGUGGCGGGCUGGAAACCACAGCGCUUUCUGGGGCAUGACCCUGGAUGAGGGCAUUCGCUACCGCCUGGGCACCAUCCGCCCAUCUUCCUCUGUCAUGAACAUGAAUGAGAUUUAUACAGUGCUGGGCCCAGGGGAGGUGCUGCCCACGGCCUUCGAGGCCUCUGAAAAGUGGCCCAACAUGAUCCACGAGCCUCUCGACCAGGGCAACUGUGCAGGCUCCUGGGCCUUCUCCACAGCAGCCGUGGCAUCCGAUCGUGUCUCAAUCCAUUCCCUGGGACACAUGACGCCUGUCCUGUCACCCCAGAACCUGCUGUCCUGUGACACCCACCAUCAGCAGGGCUGCCACGGGGGGCGUCUCGAUGGUGCCUGGUGGUUCCUGCGGCGUCGAGGGGUUGUGUCUGACCACUGCUACCCAUUCUCGGGCCGGGAGAGGGACGAGGCUGGCCCUGAGCCCCGCUGCAUGAUGCACAGCCGGGCCAUGGGCCGGGGCAAGCGCCAGGCCACUGCCCGCUGCCCCAAUAGCUAUGUCCAUGCCAAUGACAUCUACCAGGUCACUCCCGCCUACCGUCUCGGCUCCGAUGAGAAGGAGAUCAUGAAGGAGCUGAUGGAGAAUGGCCCUGUCCAAGCCCUCAUGGAGGUGCACGAAGACUUCUUCCUGUACCAGGGUGGCAUCUACAGCCACACACCAGUGAGCCUUGGGAGGCCGGAGCAAUACCGCCGGCACGGGACCCACUCGGUCAAGAUCACAGGGUGGGGACAGGAGACGCUGCCUGAUGGAAGGACGCUCAAAUACUGGACGGCUGCCAACUCAUGGGGCCCAGCCUGGGGUGAGAAGGGCCACUUCCGCAUCCUGCGUGGCACCAACGAGUGCGACAUCGAGAGCUUUGUGCUGGGCGUCUGGGGCCGCGUGGGCAUGGAGGACAUGGGUCACCACUGAGGCUGCCGGCACCAUGCCACGCCCAGCCCGGGGUCCUGGCUGAGGGCGGCCAGUGGAAGAGCCCCCCAUGGGAUGGCGCCCCCCGCCCCACCCGACGGAGCCUGGGUGCAGGCAGGCGCCAGUGCACUAAUCCCGGCGUGGGUUCCGCUGACACAGCGCCCGGCCUGGGAGCCGCGGGCAGGCGAGGCUGGUGGAGCCCCCAGACCUCCCAGUGGGGACAGGGCAGGGCCUGGCCCAGGAGGAGCAGGGCCUGCAGAUCCCGGAUCCCAGGACCACCGAUGGUGGGAUGCCCUCAAGUCUCCAGCCCCACCACCCCACCCCUGUAUUCUUAUUCUUCAAAGAUAUUUAUUUUUGUGUUCACUGUUUUAAAAUAAAACCA